CACAUCCUUUUCAGCACACAGACAUCCAGGCUGUUCCGCUCCGAGAGUGCAAGCCCCCAUUGCUCUCUCUUGGUCCUGUUUUUGUUGGCAAUGGCUGGGAUUUGAUCUCAUGAAAACAAAGUGCUACAGUGUCUGCUUCUGCGGCCGGCCGGCUCCUUCAUCGCUUGCUUGCUUCUCCACUUUUCUUUUCCCCACCCGCUGCUCUUAAAAAAGGAAGAAGAUGAGUUUAACUGCUUCGUCACUGAAGUAGCAGAAGCAGCAAGUCCUUAAUGGAAUGUCUGAGAAUUGGCAAGGAGAAGAAAGAACAACCCUGGUAAUAUUACAGCUGAAAAGUUGGGUGACAUGUUUUUGAAGCCCUGAAAUUCUGAUUAUUUUCCCCUUCCAUUCAACAUUCUUCAGUUCACCUGGGAGGACCCUGGAUGCCCAGCCCUGCCGCGUGAAAUCAGUUGCCUGUGGAUUAUGGGUACAACUGCCAGCACAGCUCAGCAGACAGUGACAACAGCAACAUUUGAAAACAUUCACAGCAACGGAACCAUGGAUGACCGCAAUUCUCUGAGCAUCCACUCCUUCCAGACGGUUGGCCUUCACAACAACAAAGCCAAGUCUAUUAUUACCAAUAAGGUGGCGCCUGUAGUUAUUACGUACAACUGUAAAGAAGAGUUUCAGAUUCAUGAUGAUCUCUUGAAAGCUGGCUAUACUGUUGGUCGCAUUACAGAGUCCACUCCGGAGCAUUAUCUUGUGCAGGGGAAAUAUUUUAUGGUCCGUGAUGUAUACAGCAAAUUAGAUGUCUUGAACACUGCCAGCAGCUGUGGUGCACCAAACUUUCGACAAGCUAAAGGGGGAUAUUCCGUGUUUGGAAUGGGUCAGCCCAGCUUGGAUGGUUUCAAACAGGUUCUGCAGAAAUUGCAGAAUGAAGGCCAUAAGGAAUGCAUUAUGUUCUGUGUUCGUGAGGAGCCUGUGCUUUUUCUGCCUUUGGACAAUGACUUUAUGUCCUACACUCCCAGAGGAAAAGAGAAUCUGCAUGAAAAUCUCCAUAGCUUGCAGAGAGGUGUCAAAGUAGAAAGCCUGGAGCUCUCUAUUCGAAAAGAGAUACAUGACUUUGCCAAGCUGAGUGAGAAUACGUAUUAUGUCUACAACGAUAUUGAGCAUUUCAAAGAUGAGCCACAUUCAGUGAGCAUCCGCUGUGAAGAAGACAUCCAUGUGACAGAAGAAGUAUACAAGAGACCGGUCUUCUUGCUGCCAUCUUACAGGUACCAUCGGCUGCCUUUACCAGUAGAAGGAGCCCCUUUAGAAGCUCAGCUUGAUGCUUUCCUCAAUUUCCUCAGGGAAAGUCCAAACCUGCUUCUUCUCCAAGACCCCAGCAGACCUCCUCCUGCUCUCCUCUUCAGCUGCCAGACAGGAGUUGGAAGGACCAAUUUAGCCAUGGUCUUAGGCACUCUGGUACUGUUUCACCGCAAGGGUGGUCCACAAAAGCAAGACCAUAGCCUUCCGCAGUCCAGUAAAUUCUUGCCCAAGGAUCAAUUUCAAAUUAUCCAGAACUACAUUGCCACAGUACCAAAAGGACAGCAAAUAGUGGAAGAGGUAGAUGCUGCUAUCUCUUUGUGCUCAGAAAUGCACAAUAUGAGGGAAGCUAUCUAUGAGAAUAAGAAGAAAUUGGAAGCGAUUGGAGAAGAUUACCAGACCCAGGCAAAUACCACCAAGGAGUAUUUCCUUCAGAGGACGUUGCAGAGCCUUGAGCGCUAUUUCUACUUGAUAACUUUCAACUAUUAUCUUCAUGAACAGUAUCCCCUAGCUUUCGCUCUCAGUUUUAGUAGAUGGAUGUGCAGGCAUCCUGAGCUGUACAGGCUUCAAGCAAACAUGAACAUGUCAGAGCUGACCAUCAAAGGGGAUCAGAUCACAAAAGGGGCACGGGUUCUGGUGGUAGAUGAUCGAUUUUCUCCAGAUGUACUCAGCACAGUCAGGGAGAUGAGCGUGGCCAAUUUCCGGAGGGUUCCCAAGAUGUCUGUUUACGGGAUGGCUCAGCCCAACUCCAAGGCUAUUGGGAGUGUCUUAAGCUACCUGACAGAUGCAAAAAGGAAACAUUCUCACAUCUUGUGGGUUAAUCUCCGUGAAGAGGUAGUUCUGGAGGGGAACGAGGAGACCUAUACUCUCAGAGAGGUCAGCAACCUAGAUCAACAGAUAACAGUCCCUGUAAUAUCCCCUGAACAGCUAGAGCAUUAUUGUCUCUUUCAGAAAUUGGAAUCUGUCUUAAAGAGUGACUUACUAAAGUCACAGAAAUGGAUUGAAGUUUAUCUGGAACAGGAGAAGCAAAUGAAAAUGUUCAAAACCUGCCUGACAAUGCAGGAGAUAUUUAACCAACAUAAGAGCACCUGUCAAGGAUUGGCAUACAAACGGAUCCCAAUUCCAGAUUUCUGUGCUCCCAGGGAAAAGGAUUUUGAUCAGCUGCUAGAAGCAACGAAAGCUGCUCUGGCUGAAGACUGCCACACAGCCUUUGUGUUCAACUGUCACAGUGGCAGAGGAAGAACCACCACAGCCAUGGUCAUUGCUGUCCUCACGCUUUGGCAUUUUAACGGAAUCCCGGAGAUGGUCGAGGAUGAAAUUGUGAGUGUACCUGAUGCUAAGUACACCAAAGGAGAAUUUGAGGUGGUAAUGAAGAUUGUCCAAAUAUUACCAGAAGGACAUCAAAUGAAGAAGGAGGUAGACAUAGCACUGGAUACUGUGAGUGAGACGAUGACACCCAUGCACUAUCAUCUGAGAGAAAUCAUCAUAUGCACCUACAGACAGGGGAAAGCAGCUAAGGAUGUGAAGGAGAUGCGGACAUUGAACUUAAGGAGCCUACAGUACCUGGAACGAUAUAUCUAUCUUAUCCUCUUCAAUGCAUAUCUUCACUUGGAGAAAAAGGACUCUUGGCAGAGACCUUUCAGCAUCUGGAUGCAAGAGGUGGCAUCUAAGGCUGGAGUCUAUGAGAUUCUGAACCACUUGGGUUUUACUGAAUUUGAGGACCUAGAGGACAAACCGCUCUCUCAACUUCGCUACCGCUGGCAGGAGCAAAGCCGCAACUCACUCCCGUUCCGGGGAGAAUUCAUUUAGGACUCAGCUUUGUAAAAAGCAAUGAGUAUUGCAGCAUUUCUCAAGAUGUGACUGAAUCUCACACACUGCUUUUCUUGUGGAUAUUUUUUUCAAAAAUACAUAUAUAAAUAUGAAUAUAAAUAAAUAAUUUGGAGAAAUGUGCCUUAAGGAAGGACUAUGACUCCAAGAAGAAGUAAAUGUUAUCCUGCUUUGAAGACAUUUUUAUAGUGUUCUUUCAGACACAAUAAAAUAAAUUAAAUAAAUGUAGACAAAUGUCAA